AUGCUGCGACGAACGAGCACCACGCUGCAGCCAGCUUGCCGCUUGGGGUCACGCUCAGCGGCACCGUCGGCCUCUAAUCUGUCGGGGGUGAGCCGGACGGCGCUUCAAUCGGCACGAACAUCGAGGAUUUUGCAGAAUUCUCCCGUUCUUGCCUCCGAGGGGGCGAGGCGCAACAUUUCGCAAAUCCAAAUCGCGAAGAAGAACAGGGCUGCCCUCCGUAGCGCAAAGCCUAAGUGGAGCCCGCCCUUCCCUGGCUGGAAGCCCGAUCCCGAGACGGAAAUCUCCAAACACAAAAAUAUCCGCAAGAAGGCCAAGCUGCACAAGGUGUUCCCAGACGUGCUGCCAGAGCCCUUCACGCCCUACUUCAUGUUGCAGCUCCAGACGACGCCUCGCGUGUCGUGGCCCAGCGACCCCACCAAGCGAUGGACGCUCAUCAUGGCCACCCCCGACGACCCCGACUUGGUGCCCGACGACGUGGAGAUCGUGAAGCCCGGAUGGGUGGUCCCGCACGAGGAGGGUCGAGGGAAGGAGGUUCUUCACUGGCUGGUGACCAACAUUCCCGGCAACGACAUCUCGCAGGGCCAGGUGCUGUGCGACUACCUCCCGCCCAUGCCCAAGAAGCACGGAGGCGGUCACCGAUACGUAUUCCUCUUGUUCGAGCAGCUCGACGGCGAGACCCAGUUCGACGCCUUCCCCGAGGGUGCGCUCAAGGAGUUUGUUCAGCGGAAGAAUUGGAACACGUUCAAGGCGCAGGAGAAGUACGGCCUGAGGCCCAAGGCGUUGGCCUUCUUCAAGGCCACCUGGGACGCCGAGGUGUCGGCCCAGUACUCGCGCCUCAACCUCCCCGAGCCCGAAGGCCCGGCUCCGGUCAACCUCUACCGCCCCAGGAAGUGGCUCGACCCCUCCAAGUGGUAG